AUGGGGAGUGGUUACACCUCGAUAGGUGGUUCCAGGAACCAAAGUGCCUUCAUCUCGACCGACACAAGAGGAAUACAAGUGAAUAAGAUGAAAGUUACUCUGCUAGCUGUGGUGGCACUCACUACAGUGGCCAGCCUGGUUGGAGCCGCCGACCCUGAAUGCAUUUACCGAAAGAUUCGCGGCCUCUCGUCGCACUGGCCGAAUCCUACAAGUUGUUCCAGCUACUAUCGCUGCUCCACCAAGAGCACUGUCCGCUCGGUGACGUGUCCGGCGGGCAAGGAAUACAAUCCGAAGACCGGCAAGUGCUCUAACGCCAAACGUGGCCUGUGCAAGCUGAGCCUUGUAGCUCCUCUCGCCGAUGCCGUAAAUGUGUGCGCCACAGAGGUGAAUGGAGCCUACUUGGCCAAGGCCGGAUACUGCGGCGAAUUCUACAUUUGUGACGAGCAGACUGCCUACCCGCAGAAGUGCGACUCCGGCAGCUACUUCAAUCUCACGUUGAGCGCCUGCGUUCCGGAUACGGAUGCCACUUGCUGGCAGAACCGGUGCAUCGGUAAGGCGAGUGGCGCCUUCAUCGCUAACGACGAAAGCUGCGGCAGCUAUUACGUGUGCUCGGAAGCGGGUGCCACGCUCCAGACCUGUCCCCUGGGCAGCUACUUCGACACUACCUUUGAAGCCUGCGUGGUGGAUAAUGACAACACCAAUUGCUGGGUCAAUUUCUGUAUUGGCAAGAGCGAUGGAUCGACUGUGGCCGAUAAGACCAACUGUUCCGUGUUUUACGUGUGCGCCGAUAAUAAGGCCACCUAUCAGGUUUGCCCCGAAGGAAGCUACUUCGAGAAUAAUGGCUGGGAAUGUGUUCCCGGCACUUGUCCCACAGAACCUUGCGAUGAUACCACCACCACUACUGAGGCCUGCGGCGAGGAUACCACUACGACCACGGAAGCUUGCGAUGAGGAAACCACCACGACCACGGAAUCCUCGACAACCGGAUGCGAUUGCGGUGACAUCAAGAACGCCGAGUUCAUUCCUGACCCUGACAACUGCCGUAAAUAUUUCAUCUGCAUUGACGGCGUCCUGGUAGCGGGAGACUGCGGCAAGGGCAACCUGUUCAACGCCAACCUGACUGUUUGCAUCGUGGACGACAAGAACGAGUGCUGUGUGGCGGACUGCACAGAGGGAGAUGUGAAGGUGAAUGCCCAGGACUGCACCAAAUACUUCAAGUGCCAGAAUGGCGACUGGGUUACCGAGUCCUGUGUGUUGGGCAGUUAUUACAACCAGAAUCUGAACGUUUGCCAAGUGGAUAGCAGUGGUGUGUGCAUCGGAAGCGACGCCACAUCGACCACUACUACCAGCACUGCAAUCCCAGAAUCCCAGUGCAAUGCCCGUGAUCCGCCAGCCAGUGGCAAAAACUGCUGGAGCUAUUCGGCUUGCAUCAAUGGCCAAUGGGAGGAGGAGACCUGCCUCAAGGACUAUUACUUUGAUGCCAGCAGCGGCAUUUGCCGCCAGGAUACCGACAAUGUGUGCCCAGAGAACAGAUCGACCGGAUCGCGCCAGAAGAGGAGCGUGGACCCGGCGCCAGCGGACUGCAACUGCGAGGGCGGCAUCGAACAGGGCAGCAUUGUGAGUCAUCCCACUGAUUGCGACAAGUAUCUUAUCUGCGAGAAUGGCCAGCUGGUGGAGGGAACCUGCGGCGUGGGUAAUGUCUUCAAGAACUGCAGUGGUGUCUGUGCCCCAGACACCGGUGCCACCUGCUGGGUGUGCUCCAACAAGCCGAAUGGCUUCCAAAUGGCCAAUCCGACCGACUGCACCAGCUACAUAACCUGCUGGAAUGGCCUGGCCACCGAGCACACCUGUCCCGCUGGCGAGUGGUACAACGGUGACGGUGAAUGCGCCAUCGAUGUGUCCGCCAGAUGCAUCAAUCCCUGCACCUGCAGUAAUGGUAACGUGGCCCAUCCCAUUUGCACCGAGUACUACCAAUGCACUGACGGAGUUGCCCAGGUUGUGGAAUGCCCCACUGGCCAAGCCUUUAACUCUACCACAGGACAGUGCUCCACAUCCGUGUUGUGCUCGGCUGUCAAUUGCGCAACUGCCACCGAUGGCACCACCUAUCCAGUGACUGGCGACAGCAGCAGGUUCUACAUUUGCCUCAACCAGCAGGCCACGAUUGCGGCCUGCCCAGCCAAUUCUGCCUACGUUGCACUCUUGGGCUUUUGCCAAAUCCAACCGAGCUGCCAGUGUGAUCAAAGCUUCUGCACAAAUGCCCCUGAGGACAAGACGUAUCCCUCUCUGAGCAAUGACACCUCGUCUUUCUGCAUUUGUCAGAACGGCGGUGGAUACAUUAAUUCCUGCCCUUCGGGACUUUAUUACAACGCAGCCGCGGAAAUGUGCGACUUCACCGGAAAUUGUGAUCCCCAAGUCUGCACAGGUGAGUCGGAGUACUAUGUCUCGCCGGACUACGUCGACCCGAAUAGCUUCUGCCUGUGCCGCGCUGGUGAACCCAUUGCAGUGCCUUGCCCGAUUGGCUACACUUUCGACUCGGUAGAGCUAGAGUGCAUCCUCAUUCCUCAGCCCGACCCACGUUGUUGCCGCAACGGUUGCGUGGGCAAGAGCGAUUUCGAUACCCUUCCGGCCGUGGACACCACCGAUGGCUUCUGCAUCUGCAUAGACGAGGUCCCUCAGUACAACGAUUGCCCCGAUAACUCCCAAUAUAAUUCGUCUCUUGGCUCCUGCGUUAGCACCUCAGUCGAUGCCACUUGUGCUGUGAACGACUGCGAUCCGAGCGUGUGCGAUACCAAUCUGGACUAUAGCACUUUCCCCGCUGAGAAUGAUUCCUCCGGCUUUUGCUACUGCCUGAACUACUGCCCCGUCUUCAUAGAGUGCCAAAAUGAUCAGGUCUACGACAAAGAUCUGGGAGCUUGUCAGCCACCAGUGGAUCCCUGUGCCGUAGUUAAAUGUAAUGCCACUUUGUGUGACACCUUAUCGGACUACACACCGUAUUUGCCGAACGACGGACUCGAAGGGUUCUGCUAUUGUGAUGCCGGUAUGCCAAUUUACAGCGAAUGCCCCGAAGGUCAGACAUUCGAAUUGUCCUUGGGCUUCUGCGAAACGAAAACGGAUGGCUGCGCGUCCACCGACUGCGAUGCUGAGAAAUGUUCCUGCAUGGAUGACUAUGAACCCUUCCCAACGAUUACGGGCAAUAACGACAGCUCCGCCUUCUGCUACUGUGAUAACGGCAAUGUCUUCCUUGGGCAAUGCAGUCCAGAUAUGGUAUUCCUCGCUGAUCAAGGACGCUGCGGUAUUUUGCCGGCAUCUGAGUGCGUCUGUGAGCCAGGUAAAUGCGUCUCCGAUGACUAUUUCGCCUACUCCGCUCUGAACACCACCGAAGGCUUCUGUCUAUGCGUAGCCGGCAGUCCGGUGUUCAAGGAUUGCCCCGCCGGUGAGAGCUACGACAGUGCACUUGGCGCCUGUCAGGUACCAACCGUCAAGAUCGUGUCCUCCAGCGCCUGCGAUGCCACCCGAUGCCUGACCCGUGAAACGGUUGCCGUCUCAUAUGCCGCCUUGAAUUCGACUUCUGGCUUCUGCACCUGUGAGGACGUGGGCCUGUCCAUCUUCCACAGCUGCGCAGAGGGUCAGGAAUUCGACAUUGUCAAGGGCUUGUGUGCCACAAAGGACACCAUCAUGAUGAUCGCGUGCAACCUGCAAGAGUGCCACAAGCGUGCUCGCUUCGAGCCCUUCGCCGCCCAGAACCUCGAGACCGGAUUCUGCUCGUGCGACGAUGAGGAGAAAAUCAGUGUGACCUAUCAUCCCUGCCCCGUUGGUCAGACGUUCGCCCCCGAACUGGGCAUGUGCGCCAGCCAUAGCAUCCAGAAGCGAUCCCUGGAGACGGAGGAAAACUUUUGUGACCUGGAUGAGAAGCGCUCGGUGCCAGCGAACUGUUCCCAGUACGAAGUCUGCAUCGAUGGACACUGGCGACGACGCACUUGCUCCGACCAGCGUUACUACAAUCCGGAGCAGCAACGAUGCCUGGAGCCCCGCGAUGAUUUGGUCUGUGCGUAUGCCAGGGUCUCAAAUCUUCCAUCCUGCAGUAAUCUUACCGAGUCCCAGACCUUGGCCGCCAAGAAUGGCAACUGUUUGCAGUUCUUCCGCUGCUCCGCCGGGAAAUGGCGUCUUCGCAACUGCCCCAAGCAGCACUACUACUCACCUGUCCCAGGAUCAUGCCUGCCCUUGCCGUUGGGCCAUGAGCAGGAGAAGAACCAAACCAUUUGCAGUUGGGUGAAAACAAAGCAAGCUAUGAAUAUCUCCGUGGAUUGCGAAGAGCGCGCAGUGCGUCCAUCAGCGGUGGCUGGUUGCCACAGCUAUCUCAUGUGUCUGGACAAUGCCUGGUGGCUGCAGCAGUGUCCCCUGGACAUGUACUUCAGCAGGGAGCACAACUAUUGCCUGCCCAACAAUGCCGGGCAGUGCGCCAUGCCAGUGAACCAGAGUCUGCAGAAUUGUUCCACCGGUGACAGUCGCUCCCUAAUAGGCAGUUGUCACAGCUACGAGCUGUGCACGGAUGGCCAGUGGAUAAGGCAGCGCUGCCAGGAGCGGGAGCAGUUCGAGCCCAUGCUGGGAUGUGUGCCCAGUGAUGGCAGUUGCCAGGCAAAUGGAAUGCGGCGCAUCUGCCGUGACGGAGAGCUGCGUGCUCAGUUCGGACACAACUGCUCCCAAACAUUCUUCUACUGCGAGGCGGAGGAGUGGCAUUUGGGCAGCUGCCUGAGGGGACACAGUUUCGUUGGAAAUCAAAAUAAGUGUCAACUGCAGUCUCAUUGCAGAAUGCAGAUGAAGGAACUAACUGCUGAGAAUCAGUGCCUGGAUCAGACGGAUGGCCUGAGUGUUCGUGAUCCCUCGGACUGCACCAGAUUCUAUCUGUGCAUGCAGCAGAAGCCCACCAUCCUGCAGAGCUGCCCUUCUGGCAGCUUUUUUGAUACCAACAAAGGAUACUGUCUGCCAAACGAUGGCUCUUGCCAGCUGCCCAUUUGCUCUGGCCUGGAGGAUGGCAAACUAGUGGCCCAUCCAGAAGAUUGUCGGGCAUACUACAGUUGCUCCAGCCAAAAUGGAACCAGUCUUAUUCAGUGCGACGAGGGACAAUACUUCCACAGCCUGCUCCAGAUUUGCCGCGUGGAUAACGGUCAGUGUCGAAAGGAGUCCGACCAAAAUGAUACCCAAACGGGUACGAAGAUGUGCUCUGGACUUCAUGGAGUGAAACUUCCCCACGAGCUCUACUGCAAUCUAUACUACGCCUGUGUCAAGGGUCUGGCAAUCCCGGUGGAGUGUCCCGUUCAGCAUCAGUUCAAUCCGGUGCUCUCUCUUUGCGAGCCGGAAGCACAAGCGGCACAACUAUGUCGGAACGGGCAGCUGGAGGGGAAUGCCAGCUACGUCUACAGCUGUGGCAGCCUGCAGGACGGCACCUUUUUGGCCAACCGGACGGACUGCACCCGGUACUUUAUCUGUGCCGGUGGAUUGGCCACUGCCCAGCGAUGUGCCGCCGGCAGCUUCUUCGAUUCGGAGCAGCUGCUCUGCUUAAAGGAUGACGGCUCGUGUCCGUUGGUGGAGCAGGUUGGCGAUGACGAGGACCCGAACAAUCAACAUGUUCCACCCGAUCCGCUGGUGUGCGAGGGCAAGCACGGAUACAUAAUGCCAGACCCGGCCAACUGCAAUAACUUUUACUUGUGCGUCUCUGGAAAACUGCGGCAUGAGCUUUGCUACAAGGACUACUUCUUCAACGCCACACUGCAGCAGUGUCAGGCUUUUGUUGUAGACUCCCCAACGGAGCAACCACCCAUAGAAUCCCAGUUGGGUGAGCUAAGUGGCUUAGCCAGGUCAGGAGCAACCGGAACCUGCAGCGAUGCAGCCACUACUUUUUCAGAAAUUUGUGGAGUCAUUGGAAAUGGUGCAUCAAUCGCAGAGCAAGGCGACUGCCGACGUUACACCAGUUGUGAGGAUGGUGAAGCCCUUUCCCAGCGGUGUCGCAAUGGUGAAGGGUUCGACAGUCUGCUUGGCAUCUGCCGUCAGAACGAUGGAACCUGUCUCAUGGAGAACGGCGAACGUGUCGGAGUCUGUAACGGCAAGCACGGACAGUUGGUCCGGAAUGCGGACAACUGUCGGGGAUACUUUGUGUGCGUACAUGGCCAAAUCAUUGAGGGAGAGUGUGCCCAGGGACAAUUUUUCCACAAAGCGACCAGCAGCUGUGAACUGGAUGUCCAGCAGCAAUGCAAAUCCGAUGCUGAUGACGUGAUCUCCGGCGACAAAUAG